CACUUUCCUCUUUCUCGCGGCUGUCGGGCCGAAAAUCUUUAUUUAUAUCACAUACGACGAUGUUCCCGUAGAGUGCGACUGGCUCUGUGCGUGAAUUACGAAUACGAAAACACGACAGAAUGGCGAACGACGAGGUGCUAGGGCCGCGGAAGACGAUGUUCGUUUUAGUGAUUGUUGUUGGAUGUUUCGCCGUUCUGUGGCCCAGGAUCCUGUCCCCGCUCAUCCUGGGCCACACUUCAGAGCAGCUGAAGCCGAACCAGUUCGACCGGGACGCAGGCUGCUGUGAAGUGAUAUUCGAAAGGGAAGUAGCUGUCCUCGAGCUCCUAAAUGAAGUUUGCAGUUCAGCCCUCGGUGAAGGAAACUUCACUUUAAAGACGGCCUCAGAAUGUCACAAAGCAGUCAACGAUACGUGCGGAAUAGACAUAGUAGCUUUUGUCAAACGUAACGAGAAUGUCGGGAAGACGACGAAGAUGUUAAUGGAAACUAUGAAGAAUAGCAAUAGUUCGUGUUUGAAACAACAUUUCGGGGUCCCAAUGUAUAGUUUGAGUACGCACUUUGGAUCGAGCUCCUGGAAUCAACUAGACACAUUAAAACAAGAACGACCACCGAUCCGGAUGGGUCCCCAUCCGGCGCUACGUGAACGCGGGCGAGCCAUACCACCUGGACCUCCCCCACCGUCCCGGCCGGUCGCUCUACCGCCGCACAUCAGGGUACGGUCCCCCCUCUAUGUGUACUACGAACCAGAAAUUAAGCCCCCGCCAAUCCCAGGCAUGCGACCACCGUUGGGCUCGCCCGGCGGUCCCGUGCCGGCACCGAAGUCAUCGAUGGGCUUCGUGAUGCCCAUCUACACUAUCUGCAUCAUCGUUUUCUUCGUAUACACGCUUAGUAAGAUUCUAUUCAAACGUACCGGCUCGCCCUACGACCACGUCACGCCUGAUCCUCAAUUCCGAAGACGGGUGUUCCGGGAUGACUCGAGAACAUCUCCUGAUAAAUUGGGGGACGCAGAGCUAGCGGCCCUGAAGGCGCGCCUGGCCGAGACAGAGCGCGCCAUGCAAAGGAUCGUUGGCCAGCUCGCGAGGCGCGACGCGGAAGCGCUGGAUAACGCUCGUCCUUACACAAAUGGAACUAUCCUUUUGAAUAGUGGCCCCGUUCAUAUAGUAACUAGUGAGUACCAUGAACCUAAAGAAAAGUCUCCCGAACUACAAAAAGGUAAAGAACAUUCUCAGACAAAAACUGAUCUAGAAAAUCCUAACGUAGAAGUAAGCGAAAACUUGCCGUCCUCAGAACUAGUAGAAACCAAGAACGGAUCUGAUGAAUCCGUUGUACCGGUAAAAGAAGAAGUUGAAACUGAAAAAGUCACGGAAGGAACAUCAGAACUUAAAGAAGCUGUGGAAAAGAAUGAAUCAAAUAACUUGCUCAAAGAAACGGAUCAUGAAAAUAAAGUUGAAGUGGUUGCCAAAGUAUUACAUGAUGUAGAAUUAGAUUCAACGUCAGAAGCUGAAGUUAAUGUAGACCAAAAAGAAGUUAAAGAUAGUAACGAAAAGCUCAAUAAUUUAACGGAAGACAUAGGAUUGAAUAAUGUAGAUCCCCUGACGAAGUUAGCGGAAGAAUUUUUAAAUCAAGAAAUACAACAGGAAGAGAAGCGGGAAAAAGAAUCUACUCCAGCACUAUUAGAAGAGGCUAUUAAAGAUGAUUCUAUUGAAGAGUCGGAUAAUUUAGAAGAUAUUGAAAAUCAAAGUGUCAAGGUGGUAGGUAUGGAAAUGACCGCUCACCCAGCAGACGGUAGUGCCUACAAACCUGAAGCCCCACCCGUCACCCCACAUCCGAAACCGCACAAAGCAGAAGAUGUAAAGGAAAUCUAUCUGGAAACGGAUAUACCGCAACAGUCUCGCGUACUCGUGUCUGAUUUCGCUGAAGAUCGUGCCGACGAACAGAAGACUAGCAAGAAAAAUGCGCAGCUGGUCGUCAGCGGUAAGAUAACGCUGUCGCUGAUACAGGACGAUCCACGGGAGACGCCCGACAGGGAUCUCGAAUCAACAAUGGACGACUUCACCACAGCGAGUGGUCUCACACAACCAGCUGCGGAGAAAGCGGAUGAGCUUUCCGAUGAGGAAAUAGAAGAAGAAAUAGAAGUAGAAGAGAUCGAAGAGAUAGAGGAAAUCGAAGAAAUCGAAGAAGAAGAGGAAGAAAAUGAAGGAGAACCGAAGAAGGUGGAAAAAUGAACUGAUAGGAUACACGGUAUUUUACAGGGAGCCGGUGACUGAACGUUUAACCGUCUUGAAAGGAUUAUUUAUGUAUUUUUAUGGCAUUAUAUUUAUUUAAAGAUAGCCAUAUAGAUAAAUAAUUAUGUUUAUCAAUAAAUUAUUUCAAGAUAACGCCUGAUCCCGAGGCAGGGCCAGAGGUAGGGUCGGUAACGCGCUUGCUGUGCCCCUGGUGUUGCAGGCGUCUAUAGGCCACCGUAACUGCUUACCAUCACAUGAGUCAUAUGCCGAGCUAAUCGUAUACAAAAACACAGAUGACACGAUAUAAAAACUUACAGCCAAUACGGAAAUUGUUUAUCUAUUUCUAAACUUAAAUACGACCAUAUUUAACCGAAUUUCAAAUCUAAAUUCACAAAUUUAGAACUUUAAGGUUUUUUCACAGUUGGCAGCACUUGUGUGGCAUACCCUAAAUGAUUCACAUGUCAUGCAAUUGAAAUAAGGCUUUGGUUGCUAUCUUUAUUGUAUUUUAGCAAUGGACUCAUAUCAAUUAAAUAAAAAAUAAUAUAUAUAUUGACUAACUUGUUAGUACUACUAAAAAAAAUCGAUUAUAACAAAAAUGGUAGCCAUGGUUAUCUAAUGGUUAUUUUAAGUAAUUAAUUU